AUGAUAAAUAACGUAGAACUAUUUGUGAAUAAAACUCUCGCUAUCAAUAAUGCAACUAUCGCAUCAACACGUUCACAUCAAAUAACAACCAUUCUUGAUGAACUUUUAAAAGAUUAUCAAGCACAUAUUCGACCGAACUUUGGAGAAGGUGCAACUAAAAUUGAUUUUGAUAUAUUGGUUAGUUCAUUUGGUCCUAUUCAAGAUAUUGAUAUGUCAUAUACAAUGAAUUGUUAUUUUCGACAACGAUGGCGUGAUGAACGUCUUCAAUUUAACGAAGAUGUUGGUGUUCUUUCUCUAUCAACAAGUAUGCUCGAACGUCUUUGGAGACCUGAUACAGUAUUCUAUAAUUCGAAAUAUUCCUAUUUACAUACAAUACCAACAAGUAAUCGUUUAUGGCGUCUUUUCCCAGACGGAUCAAUAUGGUACUCAUCACGAAUAACAGUAAAAGCUAAAUGUAAUAUGAAUUUAAAGAAUUUUCCUGUUGAUAAACAAAUUUGCCAAUUACUUAUUGGAAGCUUUGCUAAUGCAGCAUCUGAUAUUGAAUAUGGUUGGCGACUAGGAAAUAAUAAAAGUGUUAAUUUCGAUACAAAAGUUGUAUUGUCACAAUUUGAUCUUAUUCAAUAUUCACAAUAUGAUGAAAUUUCCUAUAUCAACGGACGAAAUUUUUCAAUUCUUCGUGCUGAUUUCGUUCUGAAACGACAUAUGGGUUAUUAUAUUCUUCAAGUUUAUAUACCAAGUUCAAUGUUAGUUAUACUUUCAUGGGUUUCAUUUUUCAUUCAUCGUGAAGCAACCGCUGAUCGAGUAAAUAUUGGUGUUAUGACUUUUCUCAGUUUAACAACAUUAAGUUUUGAUAUAAGAAAUUACACUGCUGCUGUUCCGUAUCUUACAGCACUCGAUUGGUUUGUUAUGAUGACUCAUGCAUUUUUACUUGCUUCAUUACUUCAAUUUUCAUUUGUUCAUUAUUUUACAAAAUUUGGUUAUGGUGAACCAUUGACAUAUUUUACAGAUUCCCUAGAUAGUAUUGAACUAAACGACGAUAAUCCGGUACAAAUAAAUUAUAUAGCUCGCCCAUCAUUGUUCUAUCCUCGUUCUAUAAACAUCAAUGAAAGAAGAAUUCCAACAAAUGAAAUUUCAUUCUUAAGAAAUGUUUGGCGUUAUUUUCAUCGAUUUUGGUUUUGCAUAUCUGGAAAUACAAAAUAUAAGCGUUCUAUACGUAAACGUACAUCACGGUUCGGCGUAAAUAGUCGAAGUGAACUUGAUUCGUUUGCUCGUAUUGUAUUUCCGACUGGUUUUAUUCUUUUCAAUAUUUUAUAUUGGUUUUAUUUUCUUCAUUUUCAAAAAUAG